AUGCAAGAUCAGCAAAUAGUUCGUAGGGAAGAUAUAUUCAACAAUGGUUGCGAUGAGCAAGAUGAACUCGAAAAUAGUCCGAUACUGCCCGAUAUAGACUUCCAACUAGUUGAGGUUAAUAGCGAUAAAGUUGAAGGUGAAAAAGUUGAAGACAUCGAAAAUGCCGAACAAGAGUUUGAAUUUCCUUUAUUUUCUUUUGGUCAUAGUGAAUUUGGCAGUAAUGAAGACAAUGCAGGUGCAAAUAAUGGAGGAAAUGGCGGUGAUAUUAAUGACAGGAAGUUAAUAAAAAUCAGUUUGAGAGAGCCCGAACCUGAGCAAACUAUUAAUGAACGUCCGAAAAGCUACUAUGUAGCUGAGUAUACAGUAGAACAGAAAAACCAAUUUAAAACUGCGGCAUUAGAAUAUGGUUUCAUAAUAGAGGAGUCCUUAAAGGACAUGAGAGUCUCGUCAGCAUACUCAUCAAAGUAUCGUGGCAAGCUUCUAGAUCUAAGCGUUUACAACAGAAAGAUUGAAGAAGAAAAGCAGCGGGAAGAGAGAUUAAAGAAAAGAAGACCCGGGAAGAAGCAGCGAUUGGCCAGGAAAAUGGGCAAACAGCAUGAAGAAGAGAGGGCACAUAGGGCUUCAGAGAUUAAGAAGAUGAUUAAGAAGAGGUUUCACAAGCGUGGUGGUAAGAAGAAUAAAAAGAAGGGUUCAGCCGGAGUUGAAAAACCCAAGUUUAGGACAGAAUGA